CGGACUGUGAGGAGCGGUAACACACCUUUCUGCGUCAUGCAGGAGGAACACGCCUUCAUUUGUGUCGGUGUGGCGUCGGUGCGAGCUGCUGCUGUCCGUCCAUGUCUGCUGAGUGAGCGGAGCCCAGCGCGGUGGAAUGAAUUUUAUCAAGUGGACACGGAACAUGAAGAAAACCGACUGCAAAAAAGAUGCCAUGCAGGUGCAAGACGUCCCUGACAGCCCAGACUCCCCAAGCCGGUUGUCAGUCAUAAACAGUCCAGACUUGGAUCCUACUAUCAUGGACUUCAACUCACAGUUACUUACCAACAAUGAUGUUCUGGAAUCAACCAAUCCAUGUAAUGGGUGCUCACAGUCAGACCUGUCAAAGUCUCUGGAGGACUGCAUGGCUGCCCUGGAUCUCUUCCUGCGAAACGACUUUGAGGAGGCGCAGGCUCAACUCAGAUCACGGAUCAAAGACAGCAUGUACCACUCACUGACUUAUGCCACCAUUCUUGAGAUGCAAGCCAUGAUGACCUUUGACCCCCAGCACAUCUUGACUGCAGGAAACACCAUGAAGGAGGCUCAGGCAAUCUGUCAGCGGCAACGCAAGAAAUUUUCCAGUAAAAGCUUCACAGAAGAGGAGCUCCAUGCAGAAGUUUGCUAUGCAGAGUGUCUCCUGCAGAGGGCAGCACUCACCUUCCUUCAGGAUGAAAACAUGAUCAGUUUCAUCAAAGGGGGCAUCAAAGUCAGAAACAGUUACCAGACAUACAAAGAGCUUCACACAGUCCUCCAGUCCACAGGGUACACACAUGGUGACAACCACGGCCACUUUGAGGGGGGUGUUAAACUGGGAGUCGGAGCCUUCAAUCUGAUGAUUUCGAUGUUACCCACGCGGACGCUGAGGUUGCUGGAGUUCGUUGGCUUCUCUGGUAAUAAGGAGUUUGGUCUCCAGCAGCUUCAGGAGGGUUCUGCAGAAAGCACAUUCAGGUCGUUCCUUUGUAACAUGCUGCUGCUGUGCUACCACACGUUCAUGAGUUUUAUCCUGGGCACUGGAGAAGGAGAUGUUAACGAUGCAGAGACCCUGCUACAGCCAUAUCUGAAAAAGUAUCCUAAGGGAUCCAUUUUCUUGUUCUUCGCUGGUCGAAUAGAAGAAAUCAAAGGCCACCUGGAUGCUGCUAUAAACCGUUUCCAGGAGUGCUGCGAAGCACAGCAACAAUGGAAACAGUUUCACCACAUGUGCUACUGGGAACUGAUGUGGUGCUUCACCUACAAGCGGAACUGGAAGAUGGCCUACUUCUACGCUGACCUCCUCAGCAAGGAGAACUCCUGGUCCAAGGCUACUUAUGCUUACAUGAAAGCAGCCUACCUCAGCAUGCUGACUAAGGAUGACUGCCUAACCUUCAGUGAAAAUGAGCUCAUGUUGUUCAGGCAAGUCCCAGGGCUGAAACAGAAAAUUGCAGGCAAGUCUUUACCUACAGAGAAGUUUGCUAUCAGGAAGGCUCGUCGAUACCUCCCAGAAAAUCCUGUUCCUCUUCCAGCUCCUCCUCUGGAGAUGAUGUAUAUCUGGAAUGGCUACACUGUCAUUGGCAAACAAAAAGACCUGACUGAGGGGAUGCUGGAAACACUGGAUGAGGCUCAGGCUAAACUCGAGAAGAGCCAAAGAAGUGAGUUCUUUAUAGAUGACCAGUGUUUGAUAAGUCUUCUGAAAGGUCUUUGUCUCAAACAUCUGGGACGUCACGAGGAGGCCGAACACUACUUCACCCUCAUCCUCUGCAACGAGGCCCAGAUAAAGUAUGACCAUUACCUGGUCCCUAAUGCUAUGCUGGAGCACGGCCUUCUUUGUCUGGAGAACGGCAGAGGAGAUGAAGCCAUCAAACUCUUAGAGGCAGCAAAGAAUAAUUACAAAAACUACUCCAUGGAAUCACGGACACACUUCCGCAUACAAGCUGCUCUGCAGAAGGCCAGAGGCACCAGUGAGAAUGGCAUCCUUGUGCCCUCUAGCCCAUAAUGGCCAGGAGAGGGCACACUAGAGCAGAGACAGCUUCCAGUUUUCAGAGCCCCAUGAUGCACCACUCAGCCUAGCACAGCCCCGCCCAGUGAGAUGAGCAGUUUUUUUGUCAUGGAGCAUAGGCGAACUGGGACCCUUUUUUUUAUUGUGUUCUGCCCAAAUGGGCAGCUGGACCUUUGAGUGAACCUGCCUGCUCAAGACUGGGCAAAUCUUCCUGCAGGCAUUUGUCCACUACCUUGUGCAGCUUGAAAAAACGACAAGUUUAGAAAUGUGCCGAUAUUUGUCAACAUUGAUUAUUUGAGGCUUGUUGCCAGUCAUAAGGUGUGCAGUACACUACAAAACAAGUUAACUGUAGCGUUGUUGUAGGCAACCAUUUGCCAAAUGAUGUUUCAGUUGCCCCGGAAGUGGUACUUUGGGACUGAGAAUGACAUCACACCUGUUAAAUAUGUUCCAGUUUGCACACAACACCUCAACUAGGAUGCAUCCAAGAAACUUUUAGUUGUGCUUGGUCUUUCAGAGUAUAGAGAGCUACAAAACAAGUGCACAGUCCAUCAAAGAGACCCCAUGGAAGAGGUCAAAUGGUGCAGCAGCUAUGUUGGUGUUUUUCUGCUUGGAUUGGAGCACAGUGUAGCCAGUCAUUGUUUGCAACAUCUAACAGAGUGGCCAAUAUUAGCGCCACCUGUGAAUAAAUAGUGUGCGUGCGUGAAUGUGUUUGUUUGUCUGUAUGUGGCCCUGCGACAGACUGGUAUCCUGCCCAGGGUGUACCCCACCUCAUGCCCUAAUACUACUGGGAUAGGCUCCAGACCCUGGUGACCCUUAAUUGGACUAAGCGGUUAAAGGUGAGUGAUGAGUGUGUUAAUAAAUAACACAUUACAUGGUAUUUCAUGCAUAAAAACACUGUAGCAACAUGUCCGCAGACAGAUGUAGGACAGUACUGUGAGUAGUACUUAUUAAUUGGACACAAAAAGGUAGAUGUGCUUAAAAUAAAUAAAUGUGCUUAAAAACUACAGCUUUCAAUUAAUGUUGAUGCUCAGCUUAGCCAUCUUGGAUUGUGAACUUGGGGUAUGUGGUGUUUGAAUGAGUUGCUCUUGCGCUUAUCAGGUGGCAUAACUGGGGAAUUAUAACCUCCGAGUGCAACUGGAAUGCACCAGUAGUGUGUGCAGGUCUGUAACCGAGUACCUCAGCAACAGAUUUUACUGAUUAAUACCUUUUAAGUUGGGUGGAGGAACUCGGCAAAAUCACCUGAGGAGGAGAUGGGUUAGCAUGGAAACCUGCACCUGCUUGGUUGCCUACUGUUGCAUUAAGAUAGAAAUUGCCUCCAAAUUAUUCUGAGAGAUCAAAGUGCUAAUGCAAGGUUGUUGGGUCAGACCUGAAGACACGAAAGUACCAAACAAUUCCCUACAAGUGAAGAACACUAACUGCAGUAACCUCUGGCUAGAUUGUUACAAAACUCUUACAUCUUUUCAAUUCAAUAUAUAAAUUAUA